AUGCUGUUGGCGGGCUACCCCACGGACAUCCCCGCGCAGGCGCUGCUGGUCCUCGACACCGUGCUGCGUGACGUCGUCUCCAACGAGCGCAAUGACAUGAAAUGCGCCGCGAUUGCCACAACGGAUCGUACACUGGGUGUUGACGCAUGGAAGGGGCUCUAUCAGAGCAUCAGGUCAACACAGAACUGCUUGUCUCUGAUUGCAGAUGUGUCCUCAUCUGUAUUCAUUCAACCCUUGCUAUUGAUUGAAUUCGUUCAGAAGAUCCUAAAGAUGGAUGUUGUGGAUAGAAACUUGACUAAACCUGAGUAUGACAAGCUCUUGAAGGUCCUCAGGGGUGUGAGGAUUGAAGUCACACACCUAGGAGAUAAUAGACGCCGUAAGUACAGAAUUGCUGGUUUGUCAGUGAAUCCUACUAAUGAUUUGAGUUUUCAAUCUAGUGGAGCCACAACGACAGUCAUUAAUUACUUCAGAGAAAUAUACAGCCUGGACCUGAAAUACAAAUCUCUCCCAUGCAUCAUCGCUCGCAGCGAGCAGAAUCCAGUCUAUCUUCCUAUAGAGGUUUGCAAGAUAGUUCCCAGGCAGUGUUACCAGAAGAAGCUGGAAGCUAGUCAGAUUGUUGAUAAGGAGCAGUACAGACGCACCAAACGUGCAAAUGAUUUUGACAUAGAAGUUGAUGACAAUCUUGCAACAGUUGAUGCUAGAGUUCUGCUACCUCCAAAUCUUAAGUAUCAUGAUUCUGGAUCUCAGAAGACGGGGUUUCCAAUGAAUGGGUACUGGAAUAUGAAAGACAAGAAAGUAAUAAAUGGUGCCAAAAUCAGCAACUGGGCAUGUCUUAACUUUUGUGAAGAUUUAUCCGAGAAAGAUAUUAAGGAGUUUUGCUUUAAGCUGGCUGAAAUAUCUCGUACUACUGGAGUGGAAUUUGCCAAUUUGAAGCUCCCAAUAUUCACUGCACGUCCAGAUCAAGUUGAAGAUGGUAUUCGUAAAUGCUAUCAGGAAGCGAAGAACAAGCUGAGACAUCAGAAGAUUGAUUUACUGCUUGCUAUACUACCAGAUAAAAAUGGCAGUUUAUAUGGAAAUAUUAAAAGGAUCUGUGAGACAGAUAUUGGUCUCGUGUCACAGUGUUGUCGAAGGUCAAAUGUCUUCACGGAAAAUAGUCAGAUAUUGGCAAAUAUUGCUAUUAAGAUCAAUGUCAAGGCUGGAGGAAGGAACUCAGUAUUCGAUGACGUGCAGAAGAGUUUACCGGUUGUUUCAAACAAGCCGACGAUUAUAUUUGGUGCUCAUGUUUCUCACCCUUCUAAAAAAAAAGAUGGUUCUGCUGCCCCUUCGAUUGCUUCUGUCGUUGCAUCCCAAGACUGGCAUGAGGUGUCUAAGUAUAAUAGUGUUGUUCGUGCACAAGGUCACACUGAAGAGAUCAGUGGCCUUGAAGACAUUGUCAAGGAGCUCCUUCAUGCAUUUGCAAACGAGUCCAACAAGAAGCUCCAGCAGCUGAUAUUCUACAGGGAUGGCAUAAGUGAGGGUCGGUUCAAACAAGUUUUGGAGAAAGAAAUCCCAGCGAUAGAAAAGGCUUGGAACACACUGUAUGAUAAUGAGAAGCCACAAAUCACCUUCAUUGUUGUGCAGAAGAGGCAUAGACUAAGGCUGUCCCCCAUGGACAACAAAUAUAAGCUCCGUUCUGUUACGAAGAAAAUUGUUGAGCCUGGCACAGUGGUUGAUAGUGAGAUCUGUCACCCAGCAGAAUUUGAUUUCUUCCUUUGCAACCAAGCUGAUGUCAAAGGGCCAAGGCGUCCUGUGAAGUACCUUGUGCUGCGAGAUGAUAACAACUUCACGGCAGAUGAACUGCAGGCUCUCACAAAGAACCUGUGCUACACUUAUACAAGCGGCACUCGGUCGGUGUCGAUCGCUCCUCCCGCAUUCUACGCCCAAAAGCUCGCACAUCGUGCCCUCGCCUACCUCGCCAAAGGCUCUGAUACGGCGUCAGCGUCAAGCUCCGGCAGUGCAGCUGCUCCUGGCGCUGGCCCGAAGCAACUUCCAGAGAUAAAGAACGAGCUGAAGGGGUCCAUGUUCUACUGCUAG